CUAAUCUUUAUAAAAAAAAAUGUUCCAUGCUAAUAUAAAAUAUAUCUAAUUAUUUUCACUAUGAUGACAUUCGGGACAACGAUCAACUGAUUGCUGGUAUGGAAUAGGCUAAUGUGAAAUACGGUAUGACUGACUGUAUGAUGUAAUCUUUGUAUGGGUAUUGUAUAUACAUAUACACAUAUAUAACAAUUUAAAUUUGAUUUAUAGAUCAUAAAAUUGAAUAAGUUUUGUUAGAUGGUCAGUAAAACAUACCAUCUCACUUGUAUAAUGUAACUACUCUUCAGUCUUUGCUUACCCCUAAGAUUUUAGUCAUUCAUUCGUACUUUCCGUAUAUCUGUAUAUGCACCUGUUUGUAUCUUUGACAUCUUGAAAAACUAACAAAAUGAGUGAAAAAAGUAAACAAAAUGGUAAUAAAAAUAAAAAACUCCACCCCCUAUCCAUUGGGAUGUUAUUUUUCUGGUAAUUUAAACUUUAAUAUUUUCCAUAUUUAGUCAUUUGAAUUAGUUGUAAAUAAUUUUUGUUAUCUGAUAUUGUUUGUUUGUCAACGUUCCCAACUAGCAUGAUCAUCAAGGAGUUUCGUAUCUUACUUCCAAUCAGUGUUGAAGAAUAUCAAGUUGGUCAACUCUGGUCCGUUGCCGAGGCCAGUAAAAAUGAAACGGGAGGCGGCGAGGGUAUAGAAGUUUUAAAAAAUGAAGCUUAUGAGGAAAAUGGAGUAUCUGGGCAAUAUACACAUAAAGUAUAUCAUUUGGCAUCAAGACUUCCUUCUUUUUUAAGCAAAGUAUUGCCAAAAGGAUCACUAGAGAUUCAUGAAAAUGCAUGGAAUGCAUAUCCUUACUGCAAGACUGUUGUUACUAACCCUGGGUAUAUGAAAGAAGGUUUUGAAUUAUCAAUUGAAUCAUGGCACAAACCAGAUUUUGGUGAAGAAGAAAAUGUUCAUAAUUUGCCACCUGAUCUUCUUAAAAAUAGGGAUGUUAUAAAAAUUGAUAUUGCGGAUGAUCUUAUUAAAAGGGCAGACUAUAAAGAGGAUCAGGAUCCUACUUUAUUCAAGCCUAAUGUUGAAGGUAGAGGUCCCCUUACAAAGGAUUGGAUUAAGCAACUGAAAUCACAAGAACAUGGACAGCAGAAAGCGGAUGGGAGGUGUAAAAUGCCACAUAUGUGUGCAUAUAAGCUUGUGAGAUGUAAUUUCAAGUGGUUUGGCUUGCAGAAUAUAGUUGAAAAUUUUGUUCACAAACAGGAAAGAAGAAUCUUUACAAAUUUCAAUAGACAAGUCUAUUGUUGGAUGGAUAACUGGCUUGGUCUUACUAUGGAAGAUAUUCGGAGAAUAGAAGAGCAAACGCAAAAAGAUUUGAAAGAAAUGCGUGCUGAAGGAUGCAUUCGGGGCACAAUGAGUGAUGAGUAAAGAGUGUUGUAAAUAAGUUUUUCAGCAUAAAAAGCAUUUCAAAAUUUUUAUAUUGUUCAACGAAAUCUGAACGUUUAUCAGUAUUUUCAACAUUUGAUAUAUUUACCAUCUUACGCUGUCUUGUCUUUGUUUAGUUAAAUACUAAUGCUCUAAUAUUAAUAUAGUCGAGUAAUCAUUUUUCAAAACUUAAUAUUUAACUACUAUUCCUAUGUAUAUUGACACUAUCAAAUUUCUGUACUUCAAAAUAUCUGGUUAUGGCAUGUUGGGAACUAGGUUGACACUAGGGUGUCUGAUUUGGGUCUGCUAUUUUGAAUUGUUUUCAAAAUUGUAAACUCAGGUUUUUGCUGAAUUCAUUUUCUUUUAAAGUGAGGCGUUUGGUUUCUUAUUAUAUAUUGAAAAAAAAAGAAAAUGCAUUAUUACCCUCAACGAGUGCAUUUUGGACCUUAUUUUAUCGUUCAAAAAUAAUUUGAAAUGCUUUAGAAAAUUUUGAAUGAACACAUAAAUACAAAGCACCAAACAUGUUAUUCCUGUUUAAAUCCUUCCCAACUUGUAGAGUUUCAGCACCAGCCCAAUCCAAUAUUAUUCUUUAUCUAAAAUAUGCGCCCUCUAGUUACGACAACAUACAUUGGUUCUUGGUGCCGAACCUUCACAAACAAAUUUUCGAAUGUUUGAUGGGAUUUGAAGUCAAGCAGGUAGUAUAACCUUAUAUUGUACUUAAAACUGCGGUCUCGGGUUUCAAGAAAACCCCCCAAAAAAACUGGGUUUUCGGAUCCGGGUAAACAUGUGGCGGGCACCCUAGUUAACACAUCAUAUUUCUGAAAAAGAGAUAUGUUGGUUAGCUUAUUUUAAAUUACACUCAAAGCAUGCAAAGUAAACAUAAUGUCUCAUUGAACAUAUCAGACCUUUAAUUUUACUGACUAAUAACAAAUAAUAAUGUUAAAUAUUUGCUAAAAUGUAGUUUUAAAAGAUUGAAAUCAAUACCAAAAUAGGUAAUCUUAGUUAUCUACCUUUUUUUUUUGCCUUUUAAUCAAGACACUUUUAUUUCUGGUGUGGGCAUAUUUCAUCCACUUUUUGUAGCUAGUUUACUUGAAACAAAUUUAAUUUUUUGUUCCAGAAUAAUGAAGCUUACUCCUGGAUAGUACUAGACAGAUAUUACUAAAUAGUACUAGUAAGUACUAUCUGUACUAGACUUCAUUAAAAUAGGAGUUUGUUGCUAUUUAAACUUCUCUUCUCUUGUAUAAAAGUGAGUGGCACAUUUAAUUUCCACUGUUUUGAUGGGAAAUUUAUGUCUGAAUGUAUUGUAAGUAAUUGGUGGGACGCUAUUGUACCUUCAUUCCUUUUUCUGUAAUGACUUUUAUCUUGGAAGAUUCUAUGCAUUAUAUAUAUUGUAACCUAGGUAAUGAUUAAUUUUAACACAGCAUACUGAUAGCACAUCUCACUUUUGGAAUACUUUUGUAUUACAGCAAUCUAAUGCACGUGUCUAUAGUUGGUAUGAAUGCAAUUUAGUCAAUUAUUGACGUAUUCUUAUUUCAUUCCUUACCAGCCUAUUUUCUUCAAAUUACAUAUCCUGUAAAUUUAGACAAUUGUUUGAUCUAUCAUCGAAAUUUUUUAAAGCUAAUGGUCAAAAAAAUUCAGACAUCAACUCCAAUUGAUCAUUGAUUAUUAUGUCAAGUUCACAGGGUGACUAAAAAACGGAACUCAUACAAUAAUAUUGUUCUGAAUGGACUGGGUUCCGUUUUUUUGGAUGACCCGAUAAUAUAGUGCGGUUAGAUAUGUUUGAGGUUUAAGUAGCAUUCAGUUAUUACAAAUUACAAUCUUAAUUAUUCCAUCAGUAAGCUGUUAAAUAUAAGAUGUUUAAUAUUGUCAGACUAGCUGUGUUAAGAAUCAUAAUCCAAACGAUUAAUCAGCACAUUAGCUAGGCUAAUCCAACUCAUCAAUAUGUUGUUAUAUUUUCAAUCAUUAUUUAAUAUCUAAGAUCGCUUUGUUUUAUUGAUGUUAUUGCAGCUUGAUCUCACUAGAUAUUGGAUGUUUUUUCUUGGUCAUUGCGAUAGUAUGUUGUUACAUUUUGUCAUUAUGCAAUUGAAUAUUAUGAAAAGGCCUACUCUUUUUAUGAUUUCAUUAAUCUUGAUUCACUCGUGCCACCUGGUAUUUUUUAAACAGUACAUUGCUGUACAAAUGUGCUAAUAUGUCUGGAAUGUAGAUAAUAUUUUAUGCCUUGUAUUGGGAUCAUUUUUUGAUCUGGGAGUUUAGUUCUUCAAAUUUUGAGAAUCAUGUAUAAUCAUCAUUAUUAUUAAGGCUAUUAAUUGUAGUCAAAUUCAUCUGAAAUGUUACUGAACUUAGUAUUGCUUUACCUUACAAAAUAUUUAUUUGUAUUUGCCUCAUAAAUUUAUAGAAGUCUCAAAUAUUCUAUUCCAAUCUAGCUAGAAAUACAGAUUUUAAUAGGAAGAAAAUGUGCUUAAUUUUUGAGUUUUCCUGCCAUAUGACAUUUUGUUCUGUCAAGUGCUUCUCAUCGCCUGCUAUUCGAAUCAAUUUUACCUUUUAUUGAUGAUAUUGCUGUAUUUUUUUCAAAACCCAGAACAUUACUAUUUGUUCAGGGAAAAAGUGAUAAGACUAAUUUUAUCUGAUAUUGUGCAUUUUUGAAGUCAUUUUCACAUGGAAUGCUUAAAAUAACCUGUAAACAUUAGCAUUGAUUUUUUGUGACUACAUCUUGUGUAAAUAAUUUCUUUAGACUGCUAUCUGCUUUCGAUUUACCAAUAGUUAUGAGUUAUUCUGAUGGAUCAAUAUCUUUGUUCACAUGUAUUUUUCAGUUGACAAUGCCAAAGCUGACUUUAUUGAUUGUAAACACAAUUUCUAUUGAUUAUUUAUUGUUCUCAUUUGCA